AUGGCGAGUGCAAGAAGGUGGUCAAGGCUGUUUGCCAUCUCGGCCUUUGUCUGCCUCCUGGUGGUACACCCUGCUGCCAUGGUGAGCGGCCUAAGGAGAGAGGACAUGGUCCUCGGCCGUGAUCGGGCGCCGACGCCGGCGGAGGCGCCCGCCGCAUCGACAGGGAAGCGGUUCGCGACGGCGACGGCCGUCGGCGCGGCGCAGAUGAGCAAGUGGAGGGUCCGGCGGGGCUCCGACCCGAUACACAACAGGAGCUGA